UUCGUACAAAGCACCGUGAGAUGCGCUGUCCUAUCCCAUCAAUGGGUAGAUAGCGAAGAGUUUUCGUACGAGGACAUGAUGAAGAACAAAACGACUGGAUCUGGACAUGCAAAGAUCCAAAGGUUCUGUGAAAAAGCGACGUCAAAUGAUUUGGAGUUUGCGUGGGCGGAUGCGUGUUGCAUCAAUAAGAGCAGCAGCACGGAAUUGGAUAAAUCGUUUCGGUUGAUAUUUCGAUGGUACCAAAACUCUCUGACCUGCAUCGUUCAUCUUGCGCAGACGACUACCCUCGGUGAUGCGCGGAAAGAGGAGUGGUUGGAGAUGAGAUGA